AUGGAUCUAAGUCACAGUUUCACUAGCCAAAGCAAAGUAGACGAGCAAGCAGAGCAAGCAUUUCGCAGGAAGGCCCGGAAACGUCUCAUAGUCAUUGUUGUCUCUGCCGUGGUUUUGGUAACAAUCAUCAUUUGUGCAUUAGUAGGUACUCCUGUAUCAACGGACAACAAAUCCAAAGGCAAAAACCCUUCAUCUCAAACUAGCGAAGCUCAGUCCAUCAGAGCCAUGUGUAAUGCGACAAGGUACCCUGAUUCAUGCUAUUCAAGCAUGUCUUCAUCUCUUAAAGCCUCCUCUAUUGAGACCAAUCCAAACCCAGAUCCUAAAACGUUAUUCUUGUUGUCCCUCCAAGUUUCACUCAUUGAGCUCACAAAACUUUCUUCCUUGCCUCAAUGGAUCAUGUCCUCAAAUAGUUUUAAGAAUGAGAUCAGUGAUUCCCUUGUACAAUCUGCAUUGCAUGCUUGUGAGAUUCUCUUUCUGGACGCCGUUGAUCAGGUCAAUGAAUCCAUGUCAUCCAUACAAGUUGGCCAAGGAGACAAGACCGUGUUCUUGACCUCUAAAAUCAACGACAUCAGAACUCGGCUAAGCACAGCAAUCACGGAUCAAGAUACAUGCAUUGCUGGGCUGCAAGACACCGCCAAGCACUUGAUCUUAACCGAUGUGGUGAGAUAUGCUAUGACCAAUUCCAAUGAGUUCACUAGCAACAGCUUGGCAAUUGCGUCCAAUAUAGUGAAAAUACUUGAUGAUCAAUUAGGCAUCCCAAUUCAUCGCAAACUCUUAACAGUUGAUCAUGACCUUGACAUGGGCUUCCCUUCGUGGGUCAACAUAAGUGACAGGAGAUUGCUACAGCAGGAAAAUCCUGAACCGAAUCUAACAGUAGCGAAGGAUGGUAGUGGGGCUUUCAAGACUAUAAGAGAGGCAGUGGAUUCCAUCCCCAAGAAUAGCAAAUCAAGAUUUGUCAUAUACGUAAAGGAGGGUAUUUACGUAGAGAAUGUGAAGAUAGAAAAGCAACAGUGGAAUGUCAUGAUGUAUGGUGAUGGAAUGAACAAGACCAUAAUCUCUGGCAGCUUAAAUAAUGUCGAUGGCGUUACCAAAUUCUUAUCUGGUACCUUAAUUGCUGAGGGGAGGGGAUUCAUUGCAAAAGACAUUGGCUUCAAGAACACAGCAGGACCGCAGAAAGAACAAGCAGUAGCCGUACGCUCAUCAUCAGACCAAUCAAUCUUUCAUCGCUGCUCCUUCGAUGCAUAUCAAGACACUCUCUACACGCAUUCCAAUCGUCAAUUCUACCGAGAGUGCCAGAUUAUAGGCACCAUUGAUUUCAUUUUCGGCAAUGCAGCUGCAAUCUUCCAAAACUGUACCAUACAGCCAAGGCAGCCCAUGGAAAAGCAAAACAACACCAUCACUGCCCAAAGUAGGACUGACCCAAAUCAAAAUACUGGCAUCUCCAUCCAACAAUGUCAGAUGACCCCGUUUGACAAUCUGACGGUUCCCACAUUUCUUGGCAGGCCUUGGAGGGAUCAUGCAACUACCGUAAUCAUGCAAUCAUACAUUGGAGAUUUCCUGGACCCCCUAGGAUGGAUCCCUUGGGAGCCAGAAACGGACCCACCCAACACUACAUUUUAUGCCGAGUAUCAAAAUUUUGGGCCUGGGUCAGCGAUAGAUAAAAGAGCAGGAUGGCUUGGUGUUCUGCCCAAUAUUACAUACGAUGAGGCAGCAAAAUUUACAGUGGAGCCCUUCAUUCAAGGAAGGCAGUGGUUGGUGCAAGCAAAUGUGUUUUUUCAAGACACAUUGUGA